AUGUUCAAGGAAAUUUCCUUCGAUGAUGCGGACGUUUCCUGUGAAUCACGUGAAGAUACUCGCUUGGCCGCCGAGAACGUAGCCGGUGCGGGGAAGGGUGGAAAGGCUUUUGUGAGGUUCCAUCGCCCAGGUGAGGAGGGCUUCAGCAUUGUGGCCGGCGCGUGCGACGACAAGGACGCACACCAUGACGCUCAUUUCAUGAGCGGCGACGCGUGGAUGUCGAAGGACUGUCACUGCAUCCAGUGUGAGACGCUUCGUGUGCUCUCGCGGUACUCGGAGAUGCGUGCGCAGCCGAAUAUAUUCCCUGUCAUCGUCAUCGUCGACCUUGAUAACUUUGGUUUCAAUCAGUUUAAGUCCAUCCCGACGUACGCCGACGUUGAGCUGCUCGAUCACGUUCUUCUGUGGAGCUUUUUCGGCUCGUGCUUUACACGCCAUCAUCGCGCGUGGCCAAGCGAGCAGACUGUCUGCGAGCGGCUGCCGAAUCGUGCCGUGUCCGUGAAUGCUGCCGGCACCACCAAGCGCUCCAUCUGGGAGAUCUUGGUGGAGAAACAGCAGGUGUUCUUUACGCCUUGCGGCGGGCAAACACAGGCAGCUGAUAAUGUCAUGCUUCGCGUGCUGCAGGCUCUUCAGGGUAUCGAGGCAGUACUCCUUACAGGCGACGUGGAGCUCAUAAACGAAAUCUACCGCAACCGUCGGUUGCUCGGGAUGAAGUCGCGCCGGCACAACGAGGAUGAGCUGUCAGAUAAGUUGACGGUGAUUAACGUGGACGACAUGGACAAACGUUUUGUGCCGGUGUGGCGGUCACUGUGCAGUCGCCUUCGCGGUACAUUGCGUGACGUCGGGGCGAUCGGCAGCUGCAACGAUGGCGAUGCAUGA